CGCGCUUUACAUAAACUGAAGUCCCAUUAUGAGUUCAGGUGGCAGUGACGAAACAAAGACGUCUAAUGAAUUUGAUAAGGGUUUUUUAGCCGAAUCAAAUCAACCCUUAGAAUCUUCACGAUUCUCUAUCGCUAUGAAAAUGAAUCGUGAUAAGGAUAAAAGUACAUUGCUACCUCCUUCGCCACCGAAAUUUGUAUCAAUGAAUCAACUUGCAGAAGCAGCCGAAGCAUUUUAUAAUAUGUCUUUAGCACAUGAAAUAACUGUGGAUUCUCAAUUUAGGCUGGAAAAGUAUGAACCACAAGAAAAAAGUUUGGAAUAUUGUAUUAAAGAAACAAUGCAUAGAGCAUUUUGGGAUAUUUUACGAUCAAGUUUAGAAUGUGAUCCACCAGAUUAUCAACCAGUUUUACGUUUAUUAGAAGAAGUAAAACAGUCUUUACAAGGUUUAGUUCUACCGAAUCAAGUGACAUUGAAAACACUAAUUGAAAAUCUUUUGGAUAUGGAUAUAGCUAGAUCACAAUUAGAAGAAACUGGUUAUUUAAGUUUAGAAAUGUAUAAAACAGAAGUGAUUAAUUUAAUGAAACAAUUCUGUGCACCGAUACGUGAUCAAGAAGUGGAAAAUUUACGAAAUAUCAAUGAUCCAAUUGAAGCAUUCAAAAAUGUUUUCAUUUUAUUGGAUAAAAUGCAUAUGGAUUUAGCUAAUUUCACCAUUGAACAAAUGCGACCAUAUAUUCGUCAACAAGCUGUUACUUAUGAACGAACUAAAUUUGCUGCCUUCUUAGAAGCACAACAAAAACUUGGUAUUGAUGGGUUAGCGCAUACACGUGAUUGGAUUAAACAAGCAUAUAACGAUCUACUUCAUGUAUCAUCAUCAUCAUCGUCACAUCAGUCGACUGUCCAUGAGGACAACUCCAGCGCAUCGAACAACACCAACAACAUUAGUAACAUUUCAGUAGACAUGAAAAAAUCUUCAAAUGAUUGUACUACUACUACUAGUACUACUACUACUGCUGCUAGUACUACUAGUACUCCUACUCCUACAAGUAAUGAUGUAAUUCCAUUGACACCCAAUAAUAUUCUACGUGAAGCCUAUUUAAAAUUGUUAACAUGGCCACGAGAUUGUGAUUGGCCUGAGACAAUGCUUAUGGAUCAAUAUCGUCUGAUCGACUUAGGCAAUCAAUUAUUGAUUAUUGUCAAUUUAACGUCAAUCAUUCUAGUGGUAUGCAAUUAUGUGGCUACCAAUCUGUCAUCCACCACAACGACGGCGACAACAACAACACCGCCACCAACACUGACUAACCAUCAAUCAUCAUCACCGUCAUCAUUACCGUCAACGCAUACCAGCAAAUCGAUAUUUUCAAUGCCAGCCAAUCACAGUCCACUACCAUCAUAUGAUGUCAUGAUACAAUUGAAAAAAUCAAUAUGUCAAGAUGUUGCUCUGGUGUUACAUGGAAUUGCAUUGAAUUAUAAACCUGAUCAAUUGAUUGAUGAUGUCAUUGAACAAGUGAUAUUGACCAUUGAAUUAUGGUAUAAUCGUUGUAUAUUACAAUCAGCGACACCCUGUGGUGCAGUCACAUCAUCACCCUCACCAUCAUCCACAACAGUAGCAACAUCAAAUGAGCAGAAAUUGUCAUGUACACCACCACCACCAACAACAACAGCUUAUAUAACAGAUUAUGGACGUCAUGAAUUGACUGUACAGUUAACUUCAGUGAUUACUGCGGAACAUCCAGUUUAUAAACUUAUGCAUAAACGUGCAAUGGAUUUUCUACGUUCAGCAUUAUCAUCUUAUCCUCCUGAACCUUUGACUUUACCGCCAGGUUUCAGUGUUCUCCUAGACUUGGAUCAAACUAAACUCAACUCAUCCAUUCAAAACAGUGGCAGUAGUUAUUUACAAAAAUCACCAAUGAACAUCCCGACCACAACACCAACAACAACAAUGAUGUUUGGUUGUGGCGCUAGUACUAGUAGUAGUAGUAAUCAAAAUCAUCCUAGUACUAUCAGUGGAUUACAAUUUCCACCUUCUCCCUCUACUCCACCAUUGCAAGAUUCAAUGAGCAGUAGUGGGAAAACAAUGUCUAAAUUGGAAAUAUUAAGUUUAUCCGAUUUAGCAAGUCGCUUGCUGCCAUUAUUAGCUCAUAAUCGUCAUGUGUUUGGUGUGUAUUAUGCAGAAAUUAUACAAUUAUUACUUAUGCCUGAAAUACGAAAAAACACUUCCUGAUACCUUGUCGGUGUUGUUCUUGUUGUUUUGAGUGUGUGUAUGUGUUUUGUCUACAUUUUUAACCGUCCAGUUUCCAUGAAUCCCUUCACUCUGCACACUAUAUACACUUUGACAUUGUUUCCCUUAUUUUUUGUCUACUGUGUAAUUUGUUUUACUGCGUGUUCUUUUUCUUUGACUUGUUCAAAUGUAAAAAUCAACUUUCUCCCUCUUUAUCAUGACUUGAUCAGAUUGAUAUGGUGCUUCGUUACCUACCACCGAAUCACUAUGUGUAUGUUAACUGAACGAUUAUUGAAAAAGUUGAAAUCAAUACGAACUGUACUUGAUUGUGUUUCACCUUUAUUUCUUCCUUAUUGCAUUUGUGCUUGUCUCUGUCUGUGUGUGUGUACGUCUUUUUUAGAAAAAAUUCUAAUGACUUUGGAUAAUUCAAUUUUUUCUUAUAUCCUUAUCACUCACUACCUUUUUUUUCAAUUGUAUAUAUAUAAUAUUCUAUUUUAUUACUUAUCAUUAAAAUCGAUAAAAGUGUUUAGUUAAAACAAACAGCAUUAUUAUAAUAUAAAAAAAUAGUACAAAUGCAACCUUGAUUUGAACAAUAAUUUGAAUCGAAUGAUUAUGAUGUAAAGUCCAUUGGUUGUUUAUUGGCUAGCUAUAGAAAAAAAAAUCGAUAUCUGCUUCUUGUCUGUGAUUGGCUGUGGAUUUUCUACCAAUCACAUCGAAUUGUUUAUUUUUCCAAAUAGUGUUAUUUCAGUGCGUUUGUGUCUUACCUGACUGACUACUACUGGAUCUAUCACGUGUACGUCAGAAUUUUAAUAAAGAAAUUUAGUCAAAGAGUAAAAGUGGGAUAUUUUUUUGAUAGUGUAUAAUAGAAAGUGAAAAAAAA